AUGGCAGCGAAACAAAAGAAUAUAUUCACACGGAGUAAGCCAUUGAUUAACAUUUACAGUGGGGUGGAUCAUGAAGGAAAAGAGGUGGAAGUAAGGGAGGAUGCGGAACAGCUGGUAAAAUGGCACGAAAUAUCGGAUGCCCUGGUUGCGGCGGGAUACUAUCGCGCUCAGCUCCAAGGAUUAUCUGCAUUCGAUAAAAUUGUCGGUGGCCUUACUUGGUGCAUAGAACUUUGCGAUAUCGACGUGGAUGUCAGCCUCCAGUUCGAAGAGAAUCUUACUAUUGGCAAGAAAAUUGCACUCACUGAGAAAAUAGUAAAGGUUCUACCAAGCAUGAAAUGUCCAUUUAUCAUAGAACCCCAUCAAAUCCAAGGCUUGGACUUUAUUAACAUUCAUCCGUUAGUUCAAUGGCUUAUAAAGUACUCGAGUGAGUUUAGGGAGGCUAAAGAGGAUGAGCUGCGAAAAUUUGCAAUUAUGCAAUAUGAUAAGGAUCAUAUUUUCGAAUAUGACAGAACAACAUUUAUUCAGGAAGAAAAGCUUUUGAGGAACUUGUGUGCUGUACAGAAUCUUUACAAACCCUGCAGAGUAAGAAAAAGGAAAGGUGGCCUCCCAUCAAAUGAAUUAGAGCAAGUGAACGCUGCUCUAUCUGAAUAUGACCAACGGAUGCUGAUGCAUGUUUCUACUAGCACCGACAAUGCCAAGAAAGAUGAGGGACUUGACUUCUUGUAUGACUAUGAGAAGACCUUAGCAGAUCCAUCAGAGGUCACAACAGAAACUGAUAUUAUCAAAGCCCAAGAUAUUAACGUAGAUUCAGCAGAUACAAUAAUCCAUUAUGCUGUGCUGCAUUCGGAACUUACAGGAGAACUGUCAAAAGAACUAGAGGAUAGUGAGAAACAAAAGUUUUCUGAAGAUGUGGAUAGAUUGACAAAAGCCAUAGAAUCUAUGGUAUUGGGAGUAGAGGAGAGAAAGAAGAAUCAUGAGAGCAGAAUGGACAGUGCCAAAAAACAAUACUACCAUGUUACUGAAACACUGAAAAAUAUAACUUAUAAAUUAGUUGCUAAUCAUGAGUAUAGUGAUAAGGAUGCAAAAGAAUUUUAUAAAUCAUUAAAAGAACUAGCAAGAGAAAGAAAUGAACUUUUGCAGCUGAUACAAAAUAGAGAGAAAGAAUAUAAAAAAUUGGAAGUGCAGUUAGGAAUAGUCCAAGAUCCAGAUGCAAAAAUCAAAGAUAUACCACUAACACCAGCCGAGCUAAAGGAGUACCAAGAUCGAGAGGAAAAACUAAAAAAUUUUAUUGCCAACAUGAGAUUAGAACUUGCCAAGGUAAACCGAGAGGUUCUGCACUAUACUCUCGCGAUAGAUGAAGUUCCUGGCACUGCAGAGUUGUUGCAAUAUGAGAAGAGAUUUAUUGAACUUUAUAAUCAAGUGGCCUCAAAACACAAAGAAACAAAGCAGUAUUACAUAUUUUACAAUACACUUUACGAAGUUAAGCUUUACACUUCAAAAGAACUGAGCCUACUUAAUUCAAUCUUGGAUAACUAUGAAGAAGCAAUGUCAUCAACAAGAAAGAGGGAAGAGUUUAUGAACCAAUUUGAAUCAAUUGUGGAAUGGGUUAACCAAACAGUAAAAAAAGUUGAACAGAAAUUUCUAAGGGAAAAGGAACAGAAGUCGGCUCUCCAUGCGGAGUAUUCUCGACUAAUGGAUAUACAGCGACAAUGUGCUGCCGCUUUGAAGAAAUUAGCUGAAGGCAGGCAUAAAUUCAGUCAAAUACCAAGCUGACCUCCUCGAGAGUAGAAGUGAAAAUUGUGCAAUAAAAUAAUUCAUAAUCAACAUAAUUUUUUUGGUGUAGGCCCCCGGCGAUAGUUGAUUUCUCUGCAUUUAUUGUAUAUUUGGAUUAUAAAAAU